CGUAAGCCAGAUAGUUUUGGAAGCAAGAUGGCGACCUCUGGUAAACAGUAUGGACUCAUUUUGCCUCAGAAGAGUGCAUCAAAAUCUGCCCUUCUCUCCCGGCCCUCUGUGUUUGGAGAUGAUUCUGAUGAUGAGACCUCUGUUGGGGAGAGCUUGAAGAAGGAGGCAGCCAAAAAGAAGAUGAUGAAGCAGACCCGUCUUGAGAUGCAAAAGGCACUUCAAGAGGACAGCACUGUCUAUGAAUAUGACAACGUGUAUGAUGAUAUUCAGAAAGAGAGACUGGAAAGCAAUAAAAAAUUGCUAGGUGGCACAGAUAAAAAGCCCAAGUAUAUUAACCAGCUGCUCCGUGCAGUGGAGGAGAGAAAGAAGGAACAAGAACGUCGUGAUGAGAGGAAAAUUCAGAAGGAAAGAGAAGCAGAGGGCGAGAUGUUUGCUGAUAAAGAGGCUUUUGUCACCUCAGCUUAUCGCCAGAAGCUUAAAGAAAGACAGGAAGAGUUGGAGAGAGAGAAGAGGGAAGCAGCGUUAGAAGCUGCACUGGAUGUCAAGAAGCAAAAAGAUCUCAGUGGAUUUUAUAGACAUCUUCUCAAUCAGACAGUCGGAGAAGAGGCAGUUCCUGAUCGUAGUGCUCAAAGAGAGGACAAAGCCACAUGCUCUGCACCAGCAGAAAGGUCACCGACCCCGGAGCCCACACUGAAACAAAGAGAGAGCGAGGCUGAAUCCCACAGUGAUGAGGACCAGAGCGAUAACAGAGCAGUGUUCAAUAAAACAACCACAAGCGGCAACCACUCAAAACGCCAAUACAGACAAAAAUCCCCUCAUUCAGACAGUGGUGACGAGCAAGACCGGGAGAGGAAAGAGAUUAGAGAAAGAACUCUCAAAGAUAGAGACAGGGAUAGGACAAAGGAGAAGGAGAGGACAAGGGACAGAGAGAGAGAGGACAAGCACAGUCAUAGAAAGGAGGACAGGGACCGCAGAAGAGAGAGGGAACGAGACAGGGACAGAGAAGAGGAUAGAGGCCGAGACAGGAGGGAAAGGGACAGAGACGACAGACAUGGUAAGAGGGACAGACGAAACAGCAGUCCAAAAGAUAGAGAACGGGAGCGGAAAGGACAACAAGAUCGAGACAGAAAAGACAACAGCCCCAAGGACAGAGAACGGGACCGCAAAGGAGAGCGAGAUCUGAGGGACAGAGAAAGCCAGAAAAUGGAGGAAGAAAGCCAGAAAAUGGAUGGAGAAAGCCAGAAAAUGGAUGGAGAAAGCCAGAAAAUGGAUGGAGAAAGCCAGAAAAUGGAUGGAGAAAGCCAGAAAAUGGAUGGAGAAAGUCAGAAAAUGGACAGCAAAGGGAAAAUCGGGGAUGAAGAAAAGAUAAGCGAGGGGAAAACUGACAAUGCUAAAGAAGAAGAAAAGGUAAUGGAAACUGAAGAUAAAGGUGAAGCAAAACAGGAACCUAGUAAAUUUGCUAAACGCAGCUGUGACCAGACUGUAAAUUCAGCCAGAGAGAGAUACUUGGCCCGGCAAAUUUCUCGUUUUUCUGCGAAACCCUACAUUGAAAAAGAUGACGACUAGCAAAUGGAUUGACCAUUAUAUCUCACUUUUGAAGACAUUGUAUGUUUCCCUCUUUGAAACAGAUAUUGGUUUGGUAAAGGCAAAUAAUUAAAAUACUUUAUGGUUUAUGAACGUGGGAAGAAUUGAGCUUAUUGGGUGCUUUUUUUGGUGUGAAUUUCACUUUAAAUGUAUAAUUGUCCGUGAGUGUUAAUAAAAUAAACUCAAAUGGUACCAAUUGUAGCAAAGCUUUUUAGGGGCCGUUUACAUGACAUCGUUUUGAAUUAAAAACGGAAAACUUGUGCGUUCUGGCCAAGCGGCAACCUU